UGGUACCAGGGAGAUCGGCUCGGCGCUCACCAGGAUGUGCAUGCGACACAGAAGCAUAGAAACCAAGCUCAGGCAGUUUUCAAGUGCUCUGAUUGAUUGUCUGAUCAACCCACUUCAAGAGCAGAUGGAAGAAUGGAAGAAAGUGGCCAACCAGCUGGACAAGGACCAUGCGAAAGAAUAUAAGAAAGCUCGCCAAGAGAUAAAAAAGAAGUCCUCAGAUACGCUGAAACUGCAGAAGAAAGCCAAAAAAGUGGAUGCUCUGGGGAGAGGGGACAUCCAGCCUCAGUUGGACAGUGCUCUCCAAGACGUCAAUGAUAAAUAUCUCCUGUUGGAAGAGACAGAAAAGCAGGCUGUCCGCAAGGCACUGAUUGAAGAGCGAGGUCGGUUCUGCACCUUCAUCUCCAUGCUGCGGCCAGUGAUAGAAGAAGAAAUCUCAAUGCUAGGGGAAAUCACCCACCUGCAGACCAUAUCAGAAGAUCUAAAGAGCCUGACCAUGGACCCUCACAAACUGCCCUCUUCCAGUGAACAGGUGAUUCUGGACUUGAAAGGCUCUGAUUACAGUUGGUCCUAUCAGACGCCACCUUCUUCCCCCAGUACUACAAUGUCCAGAAAAUCAAGCGUCUGCAGCAGCCUGAACAGUGUCAACAGCAGCGACUCCCGAUCCAGCGGCUCCCACUCGCAUUCGCCCAGCUCACACUACCGCUACCGCAGCUCCAACCUGGCCCAGCAGGCGCCCGUGCGGCUGUCUAGCGUCUCCUCGCAUGACUCAGGAUUCAUCUCCCAGGACGCCUUCCAGUCCAAGUCGCCCUCCCCUAUGCCACCCGAGGCCACCAACCAGUUGUCUAAUGGGUUUUCUCACUUUAGUUUAUCAAGUGAGUCCCAUAUAGGGCCCGUGGGUGCAGGCGCUUUCCCCCAUUGCCUGCCUGCCUCCCGUCUGCUCCCUCGGGUCACCUCUCUCCACCUUCCAGACUGCGCUCAUUAUUACACCAUUGGGCCCGGCAUGUUCCCGUCAUCUCAGAUCCCUAGCUGGAAGGACUGGGCUAAGCCAGGACCCUAUGACCAGCCAAUGGUGAAUACCCUCCAGCGGCGCAAAGAGAAGCGGGAGCCGGACCCCAGCGGGGGAGGACCCUCUACUGCAGGAGGCCCCGCGGCAGCUGUGGAGGAGGCGCAGAGACCGCGUAGCAUGACCGUGUCGGCGGCCACUAGGCCUGGUGAAGAGAUGGAAGCGUGUGAGGAGCUGGCGCUUGCCCUGUCGCGGGGCCUGCAGCUGGACACUCAGAGGAGCAGCCGGGACUCGCUGCAGUGCUCCAGCGGCUACAGCACUCAGACGACCACCCCAUGCUGCUCCGAGGACACCAUUCCCUCCCAAGUUUCAGAUUACGAUUACUUCUCCGUAAGUGGUGACCAGGAGGCGGAGCAGCAGGACUUUGACAAAUCCUCCACCAUUCCAAGAAACAGUGACAUCAGCCAGUCCUACCGGCGGAUGUUCCAAGCCAAGCGCCCAGCCUCCACCGCUGGCCUUCCCACCACCCUAGGACCUGCUAUGGUCACCCCAGGGGUUGCAACCAUCCGACGGACCCCUUCCACCAAGCCUUCUGUCCGCCGGGGGACCAUUGGCGCGGGUCCCAUUCCCAUCAAAACACCAGUGAUCCCUGUCAAAACCCCCACUGUCCCAGACCUGCCCGGGGUCCUGCCAGCCACGCCAGAUGGGCCAGAGGAGCGGGGUGAGCGCAGCCCCGAGUCUCCUUCUGUGGGUGAGGGCUCCCCGGGUACUACCAAUAUUCCCUCCUCCAUGUGGAGUGGGCAAGCCUCCAUCAACCCUCCACUUCCAGGCCCGAAGCCCAGUAUCCCGGAGGAGCACAGACAGGCGAUUCCAGAGAGUGAAGCUGAAGAUCAGGAGCGGGAUCCCCCGAGUGCCACUGUCUCCCCAGGCCGGAGUCCGGAGAGCGACCCUGCAGACCUGAGCCCAAGAGAUGCUCCCCAAGGAGAAGACAUGCUGAACGCCAUCCGAAGGGGUGUGAAGCUGAAGAAGACCACAACCAAUGAUCGAUCAGCCCCACGCCUCUCCUAGAUCUCCUAGGCUCCCAGGAAAUACUGCCCCGGGGAACAAACUCUUUGAUAAAACCUAAUUUGUCUCAAUCCAUUCCAAUGUAUAAUCAAACAAAAAAAAAAUUUUGUAGGCAACUCAGAAUUCAGCUCUUUUGAAAAGUACUCAACAUCUUUAGAUAAGAAUGAAAAGCAACACAUGUAACUGACAUAACCUUGAUCUUUGAUUUGUAAAUAUUGAGCAUUUUCUUUCUGCACAUUUGAAUCUUAGUUUUUCCCUUUUGAUUUUUUCUGAAGGUGCCAAAUUCCAUUUAACUUUUUUAUAAGUCUUUGUAAAAUUUUAAAUGCAUAUGGUGGGGAGGGCGGGGGGGGGGGGGGGAACCACAAAGUAGUUAAUUUCAGAAAAGGAUUACUAUACUUUUUUUUUUCUCCCUGCAAGCUUUUGUAGAUGCAUUGUAGUAGUCUAGUUUAGGAGCAAAAUCAAGUUAUUUUAAUGUACAAACAAAAUGGAUAAGGGAUAAAAAUCCUCAGUGAAAUGUACUAUGUUCUGGUUGGGAAAUGCAGGAGUGAACCAUUGAUGAGCAAUAUUGAGAGAACUCUGGAAAUGGUAGAUGGUCUGGGGGGGGGGGGGAGGGCUGUGGGAGGGGCACACUGUCAACAUAGCCGAUCUGUUUUUACAUUUAAGAGUAGCCUGGUAGGUUGAAUUUCUAGUAGCUUCAUGGUAAAUGCAUCCGAAUAAGCCAUACUGGAUUGCAGUGUUUGUUUCUGUAGGGUGUUUAAGGACUUCCUUUCUCCCACCAUUCCUCUUGACUGCACACAGCACCCACUCCAGUCCCACGCAUGCUGCCAUCACGGGUACGUGGAGAAUCCUUUCCCACUUAGCUUCUAGUCUAUGUACUCACUUCCAUGGAGUCCAAAUGCAUCUAAAAGGGUAAGGCAAUUUAUAAAGUAUGAAAACAUUUAAAAAGUGAUAGCAGGGAAUCUUUAGAACAAAUGCCUUUUACUAAACUGUGCCCAGCAGGCUGGGUGCUUGGGAAGCCCAGAUUAUUUUGAAGAAACUCCAAGUAUAUUUUACAACCAGCUCAAGUCUAGCAGUUUGCCAAUGUGUUUACCAAUCUGGGGCUUGUUUUUCUUAUCUUCCUCCCAUCAAUGGCAGUCAAUUGGCUUCCUACUAAACACUGAAGAGGAUUUAUUUAUUAUCACUGGGAAUCUGACCACUAUACUGUCUUUUUUUUUUCCUUUUGUAUUCUAGGCUGUUUAUUUGGAAUGGAUUUGACAUUUGUUAACUGGAAGUUAAAUUUGUUAUAAUGCCCAUCCCUUAAAGUCAACAGAGAUUUGUAGCCUUGAAGGGACUACAUUUGGAGACAGCUGUAUAAAGGAGCAAGUCCUUUAGCAGUGAGGCAACUGACUGCACAUUUGUGCGUAAGCCUCUCCAGGAAGACCGCGAUGGGUCCCCAUGCCUACAGAUUUCUGUUGGUGCUAAUCUUGUGACAUAAUCUUAUGCUUUAAUACUUAACCACAUUGGAUGUGAGUAAUGUUCUGUACAGUCAUUGUUCUAUAUAUUAACAUUUAACACUGCUGUGAUUGCUCAAGGACAUUUUAUGUUAUGGCUUUAAAGCAAAGGCAUGAUGAUUAGAAACUAAGCUUUUUUUCUUUGAAAAACAAGCUCCUUCUGCAGACUGGAAGCAGCAGUAGUGCCUGUGGUGUAGCCCACCAAUCUUGAUGACUAAAAGUAGCUGAUGCAUUGUGCAUAUGAUGCUCGAGAUGCUUUCUGCAAAUGCAGAAAUCAUUACAAGGUAAUUACAAUAGAUAAAAAUGAUAUUUUAAACCUUGGAAAUAAAUGGAUGUAACUGUACCUUGGUACAGCUUCUCACUCGUUUAGUUUUUAAACGUUAGUAUAAUCUGAAUAAAUUUAAUAUAAAAUGUUGCCAAUUCCAAUGUAGAAAGAAAUGUGACAAAACACCUUGGGUAGCUCUGUUUGUGUUUUUGCAUAUUGUAAAAGCAGUGUCACAGCUGAAAAAUAAAGAAAUCCUUUCUAAAGGUAAAUUACUGUGGUUUUAGUUGCUAGUCUGUACUGAGAGUGGACCUCUCCUGGGCAGGUUUUCGUUCUACACUUGUAUAAAUAACACUUGCGUGAUGUGUCUCCCUUCUACAUUGUAACAAUUGCUUCUGCCUACAUUAUAAAUAAAGACCACUAGAAAGAAAAAAAAAGCCCCUUAUUUCAA